AUGCAGCCUACUCUCAUUCGCCGUCAGCUCGGUGGCCUCGUUCCCCCCAAAGUCGCCACCCCGUCCCUCCUCUCGUCUGGUACGGGCGCAGGCCUUGGCCCGCUCGUCAACUUCUACUCCAAGCUCCCCAAGGGUCCCGCUCCUACUUCUGCGGGGGGCAUCAAAGCGCGUUUCUUCAAUGGCAAGAACGCGUCUGCAGCACCCCUGCUGUUCGGCAUCCUCGCCAUCUUCUCUCUGGGCUACACCAUUGACUACCAGAUGCACUUGAAGCACCACAAGAACCACGCUCACUAAGCUCCGAGUUGAGAUGCGGGUCCAGAAAUGGUAGAGAUAGAUCGCACUGUGUAUGGACAGGUGAAAUUGCAUUCGCCCGCGCUGCUACCUCGUCGACGUGGCCAAACAAGCUUUGGACUUCGUCCA